AUGGGAAUUCAAUCUUCAGCAAAGUCAGAAGUUCCUGUUAUCAAAUUCUCCAUUGAAAAUGAUGAAGAUCUUCAUCCUCAAAGCACCAAAUGGUUAGAAACAUGUAGCCAAGUGAGAGCUGCUCUUGAAGAAUAUGGCUGUUUUUUAGCUGAGUAUGAGAGUGCCUCAUCAAAGCUUUAUGAUGAAAUUUUCAAAGGCUUGAAAGAGCUUUUUGAUUUGCCAUUAGAAACUAAAAUGAAAAAUGUUUCUGAUAAGCCUUACCAUGGAUUUUUGGACCAUACAGCUCCCUUUGUUCUUCCUCUUCAUCAAAGCCUUGGUAUUGAAAAUGCAACAUCUUUUCAAGCUGUUGAGUCUUUUCUUAAGCUCUUGUGGCCUUCUGGAAAUCAUCAUUUCUGUGAAAAUCUAUUUUCAUACUCAGAGAUGAUAUCAGAGAUGGAGCAAUUAGUAAAAAAGAUGGUAUUUGAAAGCUAUGGAGUGGGAAAAUACUAUGAUUCUCAUAUUGCUUCAACCACUUACCUUCUAAGAACAAUGAAAUAUAGAAUUCCUCAAAUGGGUGAAGAGAAUAUUGGUGCAGAAGCUCAUACAGACAAGAGUUUCUUCACUAUUCUUCAUCAAAUUAAUGGAGUCAAUGGCUUGGAAAUCAAACCAAAAAAUGGUGAUCAUUGGCUUCGACUUCAAUUCUCUCCAAAUUCCUUCUUGGUCAUGGCUGGAGAUGCUUGUUUGGCAUGGAGCAAUGGGAGAAUCCACUCAGCCACCCAUAGAGUUAUCAUUGAGGGAAGCAAGGAAAGAUAUUCAACUGCCCUAUUUUCAUACCACAAAGGAAUUAUUGAAAUUCCACAAGAAUUGGUGGAUGAGCAACAUCCCUUGAGAUUUAACCCUUUUAACCAUUAUGGAUUACUUGGUUACUUUUCCACAGAUGAGUGUGAGAAAAUGCCUUCCACUGCCAAUGCUUAUUGUGGAGUUUGA